AUGCAACUCACCACGUAUAUCCUGGCCACCGCAAUGGCGCUCUCAUCUGGUGCAUUUGCCAUCGAUAUCGACAUUGCUUAUACCUCUGAUGGCGUUGGUCACACCCAAACGGUACAGACCGAUCUUCAAGUUCCACUGGACUACCCAGGCUAUAUCUCCACAUUUCAGGCUAAUCAGACCUGCUACCUAAACCCAGGUGGUCGAAUCAUCGACAGUACAUACCUCCCUCCUGGUGCUAACGUCCUUGAUCCCGCAGUAGAGGCUGCUGUGAUUAUGUGCUUUGGUCCACAACCUCCGGCAUGA